AUGUCGUGUACAUUAGAGGCAUCGACGAGUCACGAAUGCAUCGGAAAAACGAUGGCUUCCGCCUCGUCGACAGCGGUGCGGAAUGUGGUUGCCGUGGCAUUGAUUCAUCGGUUGCAUCAAUGGUGUGUCAAUCUUUUCUGGAUCACUCUCCUUUGCGUGAUCGGCUGUGUCGGCGACGAGCAACAAAAAUGUUCAGCGAUUCAAUUGAACGCUCAGCGACACCACAAAAGGAAAGCGAUGGGAAAUGUUGAAAAGAGGCGCUCACGAACGAGAGAUAUUGCUGAGAUCGAGAUGAAGCUUCUCCGCCACUUGACAAGCCCACAAAAUGUAGCGAUGCGACCAGUGCAUCAACAGCAGCGUCAAUCACGAAAACGGCAUACCGGUGUCGCCUCUCGUCCACCCUCUCCGCAACUCUUCGACAUUCGCGAAGAGCCAGAAGAGAAU